CGGAAGCCAAUCAAUAUUCAGGAGUAGCGAUCCACAAGCGGCCAUUGACGCUAAGGGCAAAUGACCUCAAAGGAAGUGAAGUAAAUUUCUGUAUAGAAGACGCGCCAUAAGCGUUCACAGUGAUGAACUGACGCAUAGGUGAACGCACAAUGAAAACUCGCCACAAAAUGUAUACGGACUGGGAGAAUUUCCCUGAUUAAAGAUGGCGGACGUGAGGUGAAAACUUUAAUAUCCCGGGGGCUGGGCACAAAGAACCAAUAGAAGCCGAGGGGGAGAUGCGUCAUCAGCCAAUCAGCUGUCUCCUGCCUUGAUCUGUCAAAGUGACAUUAUCGCUGUAUGUCGCCCGAGAUAAAAGGUCCAAAGUCCAGGGGCUGCGUUCCAGGAGGGGAGAAGGGAGGAGAGACCACCGGGCACCGCCAUUUACACUCUGACGGGUAUUGCAGGCGUUCUGUGGCGGGGUGGGGAGAGUCACUGGUGACGUCACAUGCCUGGUGCAGACUGACGGGCUCAGGGGGGAACCCCAGUCUACGGGGUGUCCUAUGAGGGGGUUUUAUUAGCGCCAUCUAGUGGUCGUUAUAGGAACUGUCAGAUGCGCUUUGCAUAGGCUUGCCUGUAGUUGCAAGGUAUUGUGGGACUUGAUGUGACCUUUGUGCUGUUGUGAGACUACAACUCCCAUCAUGCCGUGACAACCUGCAUUCAUAAUUUAUAAAAGACACUUGGGGGGGCCUUUCACCCAUGCCGCCCUAGCUGUGUAGAGAAGCAUACUUACCUGCUUCUCCUUUGGUCCCCCCGUUGCCGCUGACGCAUUUUGAAUCCCUCUGCAAACCAUUGCCUGGCAGCAGCGGUGACGUGUCCUCCGUGUGUCACGUGACCCGAUGAUAUGACACACGGGGGACACAUCACUGCUGACCCCUGUCAAACAGGAAGUUUACCCGCGGGGACCGGAACGCGGCAGCGGCCUGAAUGAGCUGAAACCCAGCGGCAGAGAGCAGGUAAGUAUACUUCCCUCCGCAGGUCCAGCGACGUGGAGGGGUCUGGUGGACGAAAGGUCCUCGAAGGUGGACAACCCCCUUUUAAAUAUGCGUAAACCGUUGGUUAGUAACGUCCUUCUGAGCUGAGAUAUGAUCUUGUAAAGUUCCAGGCCCAAAGCCUGAGGCUGCACUACUGAGAGAGUCUGGCUUCUGUCAGGCGCAGUAUUGUCACAGAGGGAUUUUGGAUCCACACGGGGCCUCCAUGACAAUACCACGCCGUACACAGACUCUCUCAGUGGUGCAGCCUCGUGCUUUAGACCGUCAUACGAUGUGCCUUACCUUACAGCUGGCAGCCAUGAAGGUGAAGGUGAUUUCCGUCUUGGAUGACAACUACAUGUAUCUCAUCAUAGAGGAACGCACAAGAGACGCCAUUGCAGUGGACGCAUCUGUUGCCAAAAAAUUGUUGGACAUCGUGCGGAAAGAGAAUGUGAACCUGAAAGCCAUACUGACCACCCACCACCACCUAGACCAUUCCCGGGGUAACGCAGACCUUGUACAGCAGUUUCCCGAACUGCCCGUCUACGGCACAGACGAACGGAUCGGGGGAUUAACCCACAGAGUCGUUCACAACCAAAUGUUAAAGUUCGGGGACAUCAAUGUGAGGUGUCUGUUCACCCCGUGCCACACGUCGGGCCACGUCUGCUUCUACAUGUGGGAGGAUGGGUGCCCGGACGCCCCCGCUUUGUUUUCAGGUGACACCUUGUUUGUUGGAGGCUGCGGACAAUUUUUUGAAGGGACAGCAGAACAGAUGUACAAAAACCUGAUCGAAACUCUGGGUUCACUGCCCCCCGAGACGAAAGUGUUUUGUGGACAUGAAUACACUGUUCGGAACCUAAAAUUUGCCCUAAAGGUGGAACCAGACAAUGAGCAUGUUAAGGAGAAGCUGUCCUGGGCCAAGGCUCGCGAUGAUGAUGACAUUCCCACCGUCCCCUCCAGCCUGGAGGAAGAGUUUCUUUAUAACCCCUUCAUGCGAGUAAGGGAAGAAGCAGUUCAGAAGUUCACAGGGAAGACCGACCCGAUCGAGGUCAUGAGAGUUUUAAGGAAAGAAAAGGACGAAUUUAAGAAGCCGAAGGACCGACUGCCAAUCCCAGCUCUCCUGGCCUAUCAGUGGGGUCUCCUGAACCAGUCGGCGUCAGCACAUGAAUAGACAUUGCAUACCGACAUAAUAUAAAGGUCACGGGACUUUACAUUUGUCACGCCAAGGAGCCGUCUACAUGGGGUUACAUAGGACUGCAGGCAAAUAGGUGAAUGACAAAUUCAGCUCUGCGCUAUUCCACAUGGGGGUGGUCUUGCCUCUUUACAUCCCUAGAAAUCACCCACGUAGCCUAUGUCUCAGGCCGGCCAUACAUAAGAUAGCUGUAGGUUGACGCCCCCAUACAUAUGAACAUCUGGCUGAGCAUGCAGGUGGGAAGAAGGGAGUAAACACUGCCAGACCCCUCUGGUGGCAGCACCUUAUCUUCCAAGUAGCAGUUGAAGUCCAGGAGCCCGGUCCUUAUCUGCCCAAGCAUCGGCCAUCGUGGGACCCGUAUACCCAUUAGAUGGUCAGCCGAUCCCACUGAAAUCGGCAGAUUUGAUCAUUUCGCUGCAGUCCCAUGUUAAAAAGCACCUGUCCUUACUCCUGACGUGUCAGUUUUAGUACCUACGUCUAUCCUCUGUAAUAUAACAAUGGUGGAUGCUCUUUUCUUAGUUCACUGCAUUGGGCCGAUGCUCUGUUCUUCUUCCUCCCAGAAUUUCAAUAAUAAAUCAACAGCUGGGUUUUACCAGUUGAGGUGGCGUCCCUAUUCAGCCCAAUCUUGUCCAAUUCGUGGUGAGGGAAGGGGCACACCUCUUUCAGAAAGGGAAACGGUAACACCCAGAAUUCAUACUUUUCUAGCAGGAAUAACAGAGGAACGGCUCAGUGUAGAACACACGCUCCUAAAUUUGGGGAAUGCACGUAUUUACUAAAACAGACCAUUCCUCUUUAAACCAAAAUGACAUCGCCUUGGGAGAGUGCCAGGAGUUGUCCCAAAUGACAAACUGAGCUCUGCUGGUUUGGAGACACUAAUCGGGAGUAGCCGUACUCAGGGGUUUCUUAUCAUAGACGUGUGGAUUAAGCCUGUAUUAGACAGGCAGAUAGUCUGCCAGAUCAUAGCGACGCUCUGGCAGUGUAUGAGGGCUCAUGCGCACAAACGUAUUUUUGUCAGUUUGUUCAAUUGCCUGUAUGCGGAAUCAUUCACUUCAACGGGGCCACAAAAAAACGGAAAUGACUCUUUGUGCAUUCCGUGUUCUGCCAAAAAAUAGAACAUGUCCUAUUAUUGUCUUCAUUACGGACAAGGAUAGGACUGUUCUAUUAUGA